GUUUUUGUCUUUAGUACCGCUUAGGUAAUGUCCUAAUGGCCUUAACCAACGUCAAACAAGCAAGAUUAUCAGAGAUAUCUGCGUUUGACAAACCUUUUCAAGACUGAUGAGGAAUCGCACGUUUUCCUGUAUUCACUAAUAGAACAUGAGAAAUCAUGAGCCUGCACCGGUAGCGAGCCACGGAAAACGAACAAAGCAGAUUUAGCUUUCAAGCAAACUACACAAAAAGACAUCGAAACAUAUGCGAUUACGAACAAGAGUUUUAAGGGUUGAUUGCAAGUAGACAAGGGAGCUCGUUAACUCCGGAUUUCGUAAUUGUUUGAUUCAUUGACCAGAACUUGAACAAUAGUGAAGACAACCCAGCAAUUGGGCUCGACAACGAGUUUAGCAAAAUUACCAUCUUUAAAUUGACAAGGAAUAAUCAAGCAAUGAAAUUCAGUGGUAAUCAAAGCAAUAGAUACUGGUAGAAUGAUGAGUUCAAUGGACUAAACCACGACUUAUAUAUAGGCAUUCAAGUUAUCAACCAAUAAAAGUAUCAUCAUUAGAGUACUGCAUAAGAACGAUUCCACCUGCAAGUAACCCUUCGCGCUAUGGAGAAUAAAACGGAUACGUUUGCUAAGGACAAGGCCGAAUACAGCUUGGGUUUUGUGGUUGGUAUGACUUCUUGUCUAUGUAUCGCCGCCCUGAUCGGCUUCGUUGGUAACCUACUUGUUCUGGCCGUCUUGACGCGAACCAAGAAAUUCCGUACUGUCAUGAACCGGUUUAUUGUACACCUAGCUAUUAGCGAUUUGCUGGUGAGCAGCAUCUGCACUCCACUCUUUAUCAAAAUCAAUUUUUUCUUCGAUUCCGAUUACGACGUCAAGUGCAAAAUAUCAAGAUUUCUUCAAUACCUCGCACCAGAAGUGUCCAUGGUCCUUCUCAUCACAAUCGGCAUCAACAGACACCGGGCCAUCGUCCAUCCUCUCAACAUAAUGACUUACAAGACGGCGAAUAAGCUCAUUGCGUCAGCUUGGCUCUACGCGCUCGCGGUGGUCACUCCCAGCAUCUUUCUGACCCAAGUACUGCACCAUACGAACUUGGAUAACACUACUGUUCGGUACUGCGCCACCAUUCAGACCUCCACACAGGCAGGCCGUGCCUACGUGUUGUUCCUAAGCGUGUUCGGAUAUGUGAUUCCGCUCGUUGUACUGGUUGCACUAUACGCAAGGAUCUCUUGCGUAGUUUGGAAGCGCGAUACGUCUAAAAAUCCACUCCGCACAUCUCGCUCAUUCGAGUCUGUGCUCAAGACGCGUAAGAAGGUCGUGAAGAUGUUCCUUACGGUGAUCUUGUUGUUUUUCGUCACGUGGAUUCCGUUGUUAUUAUAUGUAGGAGUCAUCGAGGGAAUUUUGUACAAGACAGCACGGCGGUUAGACGAAGUACGAAUGGUUCUUUACGCUAUUGGGUUGAGCAAUAGUGUGUGUAAUCCGUUUAUUUAUUCGUUCUUUAAUAAUCGGUUCAGGGACGGGUGUAAGGCGAUUUUCCGUACCUCUGUUAAUGCCCUCAACCUGAGAAAGAGCUUAAAGAGAUUACAGAACCGUGCGCUCGAUUAUUAUCCUUCAGACCAGGCCGGCGAAAGAGAUGAAAACAGUGAGGGCAAAAUAACAAGAAAGGGUGGUUUCAGAGAGACGAAGGGGAGAAAUGACCAGGCUGACAGUAAUAUCGACUCAAAAGGCAUCACCCCUAAACAGGAGGAAUUAAACGACAUACCACAAACUGCUGAAACAACCGAACAAAAUGGGUCUACAGACAAUAGAGUGGUUACAAUCUCUGGUAUUCUUGAACUCGAUCAAGAUGAAUUUAGAGAGAUUCACGGAAAAACCCUCUCUUUUAAACAACCUUCACGUGGUUUAAAGUUAAAAGACAUGGAUAGGGAAAAAGUGGAUAUUCUAAGUCUGAGUUUUGACAGUUAUAACAUGAAACGAAAAUUGCCACUUGAGACGAGCAAGCGGCGCCAAUGUCGUAGCGAAAGCAUGGAUCUAAGGACGGCCAGAGAGUUCGAUAUGAUGGUACAGAAGUACGAAGAAGAAAGCAACCAAGAUUUUGAGGAAGUUUUCUAGAACAAAAUGUUGCUUAUCAUGCACCGCCUUAAAGUAAAGCAACAGAGACAAUAAAGGAAAUAAUUACGAAAAGAAAAAUUAUUUCGCGAAGACUAUUCAUCCAAUCAAUAAAUGGAUCUAAGCAGCUGAAUGCAUAACUACGAGGCACUGUUCAACAACCAGUUUUUGUUGACAAUUAUUGUUUGUUAAGCGAAUCUUAAUUAUUUUUAAAUUAGUGAGUUUUAUUGCUAUUAAACAUCCUUAGCAUAA